UACCCUGUUUAUUACAAAAUCUAUUUCCAGCACUAUGUGAGCUACCAAGUCACCACAGAGACUCUUUCAAAUCUACUCCACACAAAUAUAAUCCCAAAUUGUCCUGCAGCUGACCAAAUUGGUAACAUUCUUCCAUUAACAAUGGAUGAAACUAAAGAUGUUCUGCAGAAUGGUACACAUUGGGAGCAUUUAUUUCCGACUGGCACAGUUAUCGUAAAUUGGGAGUGUUUCAAUGUGACAAAACUUGAUAAUAUCGGAGAGAUCAUUGAAAGGAUAAGCACAUGCUUUAUCCUGAAAUCAAAAAGCAACAACAGAAUCCAAUCUUUAAGUUUUGGAACACAAUAUUCAACAAAAUUUGGGGAUGUAUAUGACAUUGAUUACUAUGGUGAUUUGGAUAUCAAUUCUCUGAUUGGUCACUUUCUUAGUCACAUGAUUCACCUAGAAAGGUCAAGCAAGGAAAGCAAAGUGUUCCCAGCAGUGCAUUUCCCAAGAGAGAUACCACUAGAGGCUGCCAAAUAUGCAUUGGAUAAAGUAUUAACUGGGUUUAAAUAUGGCUGCUGGGGACAUGGUGGAUCUAUCGCUUCUGAGUCAGACUUUUGUCUUGACAUUCCAUUAUUGCCAUAUGGAUCUAGUUCACUUUAA